UCUUCAAGUAUUUUGAAAAUGGCAACUAAUUGCAAUGGAAAUGGAGCUUCAAUUUUUUCUCCCAAGUUGCAAGUUGAAGCAAUUCAAACUGUGAUACCAAUGAAGAUAACCGAUCCACGAUUCUCGAGGCGAAUCGCGAUACCUGAGAAUUUCGACUUGGGUAAUUUGCAAAGGCGUUUUCACAUGGUUUUGUACUACAACAAGGCGUCAGAGACGGAUUCAGGAUGGAUAGUCGCUGGUUGGUUUAAGGAGUCAUUGGGAAGUGCAAUAGUUGAAAAUCCAAUAUUUGCUGGAAGAUUAAGAAAAUUAGAGGAUGAUUUUGAAUUAGUUCCAAAUGAUUCUGGUGUUAGAAUGCUUGAAGCUAAUUUUCCAAUGAAUAUGGUUGAUUUUAUUGAUCUCAAGAAGAAGGAAAAUAUUGAAAAUGAACUUGUUUAUUGGGAAGAUAUUCAUGAAACAAGUCCUCAAUUUUCUCCCCUUUUCUUAAUCCAGGUGACAAAUUUCAAGUGUGGAGGAUACUCAAUUGGAAUAAGUUGUAGCUUAUUUCUAGCUGACCCUUUUGCUAUGACAAGUUUUUUAAAAUCUUGGUCCAAAAUCCACAACAACCUUGUCUCACAAAUUGACUCACCAAAACUACCAGCAUUUUACACACCAAAUUUCACAAAAAUUGGCUCUUCACCAACUCUAUCUACUACAAGUCCAAAAACAAAAAAUCAAAUCACAAAUACUCUAAUUUUCAAGAAUCCCAAAACCCCUUUGAAAAUGAACAACAAUGAAUUCCUCAAGAAUCUUACAUCAAAAUGUAUUGGAGAAAUAGAGGGAAAAAUUGGUAAAAAUAUAUCUUCAAAUUUCACUAUUUUAGUGAAAGAGACUUUUGGAAGUAUUAAGAUGGAAAAUUGUUCAAGAGAGGAGAUAAUUAAGGAGGAGGAAAGUGGAUUAUUAUCUAUAAUUUCAACAAAUUGGAAUGAUUUGGGAGCUGAUAAAGUAAGAUUUAUUGAAGGAAAUGAGGCUAUUCAUGUUUCAUGUUGGAUUAUUAACGGAGAAAAUAAUCAAGAUCUUGUGAUGAUUAGUCCAACUAAUGAUGAAGACAACUCUGAACUAAACAUUAUAAUUACAAUCUCUAAUUAGAUUCUU